UAGCAAAAUACAGAGCAAGUUCCCUGUGUCUCUGUGUGCACUUUCAGCUCCUGUCUCUGCCUGUCAGGUGGACUCUGACCACAUUAGCCCUCUCUGCCCUGUCUCACCCUGAAAUGGCAUCUCCCAGAUGACUUCUCAUCAAUCAGACUGUCUGCAGUUCCCAUGGAGUACCUUGUUGAUUAAAUCUCGAUGAGAGAGAUCCCUUCUGCAUCUAUUACUGCCAGGGGUUUCACCAAGACACAGCCUGGAAUGUGAACAGGAGAGACCUGCAAGUAACCUGGGACAAUCCAGAGACUGGGCUGUGGAGCAAGGACCAACCAGGACCCCUUUACACAGUGAGUCCUCACUCUCUUAAAAUCAUUCUGCAAUAUCAACACCUAUUCUUCACUUAGCUGGGGGAUAGGUGACCAUAUCUGAGUUAUUUAUUGCUGCAGGGAUAUAUGAACUGUGAGAUCCUGUUAGAAUAGAUCUGGUGGGAAUGUCAUGUCCUAAUGCAACCAUCUAUGAUCAGCUAGAAGAAAGUCCAGUACAUGUUUGAAUUAGAACUGUAAGACAGAGAAAUCGUAUCUCAAUCCUCUGGAAUCUCCUAAAAAUAAAACAUUGGGACAAGAAAACCAAAAAUGAUUGAUGGUUCAGGAUUUGAGGAUUUAAAUGAAUCUGAAUACAGUGAGGACUCAGAGGUGGAGAUAGCGGUGAAUGUUGGUGGGAUAAGGCAGAUCCUGUAUGGGGACAUCUUGAACAGAUACCCUGAAACUCGACUGGCCGAGCUGAUGCAUUGCUUGGCUGGGGGCUAUGAUGCCAUCUUCUCCCUGUGUGAUGACUACGACCCUGGGAAGAGAGAAUUCUACUUUGACAGGGAUCCUGAUGCCUUCAAGUGUAUCAUAGAGGUUUAUUACUAUGGAGAGGUCCACAUGAAGAAGGGUAUCUGCCCCAUAUGUUUCAAGAAUGAAAUGGAAUUCUGGAAAGUGGACUUGGGUUUUCUGGACGAAUGUUGCAAAAGCCACCUGAGUGAGAAGAAAGAGGAACUGGAAGAAAUAGCCAGAAGGGUCCAAACUAUAUUAGAUGACCUGGGUGUGGAUCAAACAGAGAGCCGGUGGAAGAGGUUUAUGAAAUAUGUGUGGAAAUUCAUGGAGAAACCAGAAUCCUCUUACCCAGCCAGGGUAACAGCCGUGUUAUCGUUUAUGUUCAUCCUGAUCUCCUCUGUGGUCAUGUGUGUGGGGACCAUACCUGAGCUUCAGGUUUCGGAUGCUGAGGGCAAUCCUGUAGAGCAUCCCACCCUGGACAGCAUCGAGACUGCCUGUAUAGGGUGGUUCACCUUAGAGUAUAUCCUUAGGCUCAUCUCAUCCCCUAACAAGUUCCACUUUGCUAUCUCAUUCAUGAACAUCAUUGAUGUCCUGGCUAUCCUACCUUUCUAUGUUGGCCUUAUCUUGACUCAUUUAGGUGCAAGGAUUAUGGAGCUCACCAAUGUCCAGCAAGCUGUCCAAGCUCUCCGGAUCAUGAGGAUUGCAAGGAUCUUUAAGUUAGCCAGACAUUCGUCUGGUCUCCAGACCUUAACCUAUGCCCUUAAGAGCAGUUUCAAGGAGCUUGGUCUACUUUUGAUGUACCUUGCUGUGGGUAUCUUUGUGUUCUCUGCCCUGGGGUACACCAUGGAGCAGAGCCACCCUGACACUUUGUUUAAAAGUAUCCCUCAGUCAUUUUGGUGGGCUAUCAUCACCAUGACUACUGUUGGCUACGGUGAUAUCUACCCUAAGACAACAUUGGGGAAGCUGAAUGCAGCCACCAGCUUCCUGUGUGGUGUGAUUGCCAUUGCCCUCCCAAUUCACCCCAUCAUCAACAACUUUGUCAAGUACUACAACAAGCAGAGGGUUUUAGAAACAGCCACCAAACACGAACUAGAACUGAUGGAACUUCACUCUGGUGGUGGAGAAGGUGACCUUGGAAGGUCCACGUUGAACUCUGGAAGUUCUUUACAGGUAAUGGAAGGGAGAGGACUAUCUGCCUGGAGGUACACCAAACUAUCACAUAGUGAUACCUUUAUCCCAGCUCUGUUUAAUGAAAAACACCACAGAACAAGGCUACAGAGCUGCAAAUAAUAGACACUGCUGGAACAGGCUCACAUCUACACUAGUUUCCAACAGACUGUAUGCUGAGCUUUUGCAAAGAGGUCCUACUUCAAAGGAUGGACCAAGGGGGCAGCUGUGUCUGAGCUUCUACUUCAUAAUUACAGUUCUGUCUCGAUACAAUCUACAUAGUACUUAUUUACUGCUCCAGAGGGAAACAAAACACUGAAAAUAUCUGAAGCUACAUCUACCUAGACACAUGUCUAUCAUGUUAUGUACAGCUGUCUAUCUGUGACAGGGGGACAAAGUAACAAAAUGUGUCUUGAAAACGUUUUGGUUUUUCAAACUACUUCCUACUAAUCAGUCCUGGUGCUGUCUUUAUAAGAAUGCACACACGGAUUUGUUUCCAUUCUCAAAGAGGAAUUAUCCUAUGGAAUAAUGCUGUAAUGGUAGCUAAUGUAACAUUUCACUGAUAUUUGUUCUAUUCACUGCUUGUUAUGGUGGCUGUGAUGUUGAAGUGUCGCUGUCAUGCUGCAUUGCUGUAUAUUAACUGAUCAGUGUCUCUGCUUUAAUUGAGUUUGAUAUAUAUUUAAUUUGUUUCCAAUUUGAGUUAUGCAGUAUAUGUCAAUAGAGCAUCAAGCUACACACUCUGCAGAACAUUUUAAACACAGAGAUAUAGAAGUCUUUGAUGUUGGAGGUGGCUCCAAAGUCCAAAACAGUGUGGCUCUGAAGCUUCCACAAUGUGUGUUUUUCUACCAAAAGAAUGUAUAGAAUGUGCAUAAGUGGGCAUAUCUCCUUGCACAUACCCACUAAUGCAGUAAAUUUGAAUCCAUUGUUCCCAGUAGUAUAACUAUUGUAUUUUAUUUAAAAUAGAUCUACAUACAGAUGACCCCUCCAGUUACAUCUCAGAAGCAUGUUAAAUCCCUAGUAAAUAUGUAAAUAGUUU